AUGGACAAGCGACCUUUUAAUGCUGCACGGGAUACAGAUUCAGGCACCCGGCUGCGCCAUUCUCAUUCCAGUGCGGAUACUUUUCGCGGAGCUGCACCCCGGUUGGAUAGCUCUGCCAUUGGACGGGAUGGACACAGUGGCAGAUCUGCUGAUAAUGAAGGGCGUUUCGCUGUGACUGAUAAGCACUUGGCUAGCGCCGAACGUUGCCCAACGUCACCUGCCUUUAUGAGACUGCUCUCCCAGCGCUCCUCCAGGACCCCUUCUCAGUGCUCCCGUAGUCCUAGCGUAGUUUCACAGCUUUCUGACAGAAGGCGAGUGAGCAGCCCGAUCGUAACCGCUCGCGCUUGGCUCGAUGGCACCGAUGGGCUCACUCGAAGCUCCUAUGCUAGCCAUAGGACCCCGAAUGGCAGCAGUCUUUCGCACCUAAGACAAGACGCGCAGAAUAUCUCCCCCGAGUACAGCAUUCUAUCUCGCUCCCGUGCGAGAUAUGAAAAGUCCGAAAGAGAUGCAUGCAGCGAAGAGCGAGGCCGUUCCAGUAGCCGCCAGAGGCGCAAGGCCCACAAAGAGCCGCCGGCAGGGCAUGGGAAAACGGAAGCUCUGUUGUCACCAGUAAAAACAAAACAGGCUAGGCAUUCCAGUCGCAGUGGCUCACAGCGUUUGCCACGCCGUGUCAUGUCUCCUCGCCAGUUCCCACCACCAACAUUUGAAAAGAUUUUGUUAGGCCUCGCAGACUCACACUUCACAUCGGAAACCGAAGACACGGACGUCUUCGGGCGGGGACGUCCACUUCCGAGGGUUGACCAUUCGCCGUCUGACCAGGAAGAAUCUGUGUCUGUUUCUGUGGUGCCAGACGACCCCCAUGAAGGUAUGACGUGUGCCAAGUCCUUAAAAGAUUUACACUACACAUCUUCGCAAGCAUCUCCCCGUCGGUCGCCAGAUAGCAACUUGGAGUCACAGAGGAAUGGACUGAUACCUGAGCAUUAUCUUUACAUCCCCCCGCUGCGUUUGGGCGCAGCCAAGGAAGAGGAGCGGCCAGUACCAGCUUUGCAGCACGCGAUAGAAGACGAUGCUCAGGUCUCAGUAAGGGGUGAAAGGCGACACAUUGCAACGCUUUUUUCACUGGAGGCUGCGGAAUCGCAUGCACAAAAGGCCCGCCUUCAGGAGCAGCUAAAGGCGACGAGUCCCUUUCGCCUGACAGAAAUGGGGGAUGCCUCUGCAACACAGGCGAAGGGCGUUGACGCACCCCCCGGGAAGUCGAAGAGGCGCCAGCGCUCGACUGUCCUGGAAAACAUUGUGCGACAGCACGACUGGGAGGUGCAGGAAGUAGUCAUAGAGGAAAGCAUGCGCUCUAACGAGGAAGCCCAGGCCCAAACGGCUUCACCGUGCACUGUGGAUGCAAGUGAUGCGGCACUAGAGCCUGCCAUCUGGGAAGACGAUCGAGAGUGGGAUCGCUUCGCCAAGGAGUCCGCUUGGCCUGGCAUGAUAUGUGUUAGCUCAUCCGUUGACAAUGACAACUUUCCCUCGAACGACCCCAAGAGUCCUGCGACUUCGAUUUCGAAAGCAGUGAAGUCUGAGGAGCUAUCAUUCGGUGGGGUGUACAAGGCGGCUGCGGGGGGUGACGCUGGAGAUGUUCCCGGUGCCUUUGACGCUAUAUGGGGGCACUCUGAAGGAGUGCACCCGAGUUUACGAGAUGGAUUUGGCGGACAGACGCCUUCGGAUGAUGGUAGCGAGCAGAGUGAGUUUUUUGAUAUCGACAGAGGUUCUCAUGGACUGAAUCGCAUGGUAGAAUUCUUAGAGGUGACCCCGACACAGCCUCAUGACGAAGACGACGGUCUGGAGCCUGGUGAUGCCGUUGCUACUUGUGGCGCUGCUGAAGAGCCCCUGAAUGACGCUACUACCGGUGUUGAGGAGCAUUCUGUACCGCCGCUUCCGCAGCUCAUGGUGGGUGAGAACCUGGGGGCGUUUACGAUGCUGAGGCUAGGAGAUCCUGCAGAGUGGGAGGUGCGUUACUCGACGUCAGAUGACUUUGCCAGCAGCGCAGUGCCAUCCCCCGUUAAUGGCGAAGAAGAAGCCUCCACCGUGUGUCAUGGGGAGGCAAGGCCACAGGAAGAGUCGACUCUGGAGGAAGUGGGGGGGAGUAAGGAAGAACAGCAGGCUGCUUCGCAAGCCCGAGGCAAAGCGUCACAGCAGGUAUCAGAUCAGCCGCCGUCGGAGCCACCAGCUUCUCCAGGCUGCCAGCAAGAGGUGGCCUGGGAGCACGCGCGCAUGUGUAGCAGCAGCAGCACCAGGUUGUUGUCGAUUGGUCACUCGGAAUAUCCAGCAGGUCCUCAUGCUGGUGGAAACUCCGCCGCAGAUGUCCGCAUCAUCAGUGACGCCCGCUUCGGUGCAACUUUGGAAAAUCGCCUAUCGUCGCUCCCCUCAAUCCAGGGGGAAGAUCCGAAGCCGCUCGAGAGCGUUCCGCGAAGGUCUUUGGACACAGGACCGAGUGACAGAAUCCUACAAGACGAUGACGCAGCAAAGGCGCGCGAGGGAAGGGCUGCAGCUAGUGAGGCGUGGAUCCAGGGAGGCAGGACAGAUAAAGCAACCAAAUCAGGUCGUGAGAGUACAGCAAGCACUUUGUUUGGAGACCCCGAGAAUGAAAGUGUCCACCGUAAUCGGCAGCUGCCGUCUGCACACACGGCAGCUCCUCUCGCCGUUGUGGCAACACAACAAAGAUCCCCAGGAGGGCCCAUAAGACAGUCGCCAGGCAGUGAAUGGCGUUUCGCGCAAACAUUGCUUGAGGCUGAUACUUGGCAAGAGAGUAGUACUCUGAGUGCCUAUGAAGAUGUUGCGAACGGCGGGGACGGUCCUGAGAAAGACCGACGCGGCAGUGGGUCCCUGUAUGAAAUCGAUUUGUCGGAGCCUUGCAAAUCCACUGAGGAUUCUGAUAAAUGUCGCACAUCCCCAGCAAAAGCGGGUGGCCAUAUGGAAGUAUUUGGAGCCAUUAGCCAAGCACUCGCGGGAUGCGCAUACGGCCCAGGGAUGCACGCAGUGCUUUUCGCCUCUCUACUUUUGGCAGUGUGGGCCCUUCUGGUUGUUGUAUAUCUAUUCGAAGAGAAAAGGAACGCGGAGUUUCUUGUCGGCUGCGCCAUCGCCACUUCCUUAAUCCUCUUUCUGUGUCUAGGGGCUAUUCAGCUCACGACCGCCCUCUUCAAGUGGAGAGCACUCAAGUAUGCCAUCGAUUUAGAUCUUCGUGAGCAGUUGCUAACAUCGCUGAAGCGGCUAAGGCCUGCUCCAGAUCCCUGCGACCCGUCCUUUGAGGGUCUGGGGGAGCGCAGCAAGCAGCUGCAAAUGACGUGCUACUCCUUCGUCGAUUUGAUAACUCAAGGCUCUCCCUGCCUGGACGUGAGUCGCAACCUGGAAAGGCGCUUCAUUUUGGCGAAUUGCUCGGUCGGCCUUGUGGGGGCUGCUCUCAUCAGCGCACUUGCAUGCACUGCCCGUACCGCCGAAGAGAAGCACCGGAUGCCGUUUCACAAUGCUCUCUUGCUGAUGCCUUGCAAAGCAAACGAGGAUUUUUGGGCGUAUUGCUGUUCUGCUGCAUGCCUUGUGAAUGCAUGUUUUCCAGAGGCUCUUGCAUUCGGAGCAGCUGUCUCUUACUCCAUCUCGUUGUUGGUGCUUUCUUAUUGGCUUGCAACCCCCCCAGCCCCAUCCGUCAUGCAGCGCGCGAUCGAUAAGCACGUGGCUUUUGAGUAUUUAUGGACCUUUACAUUUGCGGAUAUCCUCGUCGAUCGUGGAGCGGCUACACCCAAGUCUGCAGAAGACAUUCGAUUCCGCCCCGCCGAGGGAUUGCAUUCAUCUCCUUCGGGCGUUCCUUCUUGGGAGAAUUCGCUGCUUAAGUGGAAACACAACAUGGUGAAAGUGCGCAUUCGCGAAGUUCCCAAUGCCAUGAAAAGCAGCUUUAUGACUGCAAGAAUUGUUCUCCAGCUCCCUGCUGGGCUGGUGUUGAAAAAGGCAUUAAAUGGCUUCCAACUGGGCCAGAGAGCCCUAUUGAGACUGGCAGCAGCUCCAGUGCGGUCAUCCGUCUCCAAGGAAGCAUCUGCGCCUCUACGCUUGAACGUAACCUGGUGCGGACCUGGAGGGGUGACCGAGGAACUCCAAAUUCCUAUUGGAUCUGACUCUUUACACUGCGAUUCCAAUGUGGCGGCGGGAAAGCUGUCGCGAUCGACGCUAACCCUGCGAGAUCAACGAGAAUUUGAGGCGAGGUCCACGCUGUCUGCACCUAAGGGGCCUCUAGAAAUCCUGAGAACGAUUCAAACAAUCCUUCAGGAAGACUCUACAGUGCCGUUUCUCUGUAGUCGAACACGAUGCUACCUCGGGUCAUCGGCCUCACUGUCUUCGGUGGCAUGUGAGUACCCGGUAAUCCUGUGCGUUCCUACUAGCGCUCUAUACCGUGGCUUCCAUUCCGAUUGCUGGUGGCUCAUGGGGAAAAAACGCAGUAGCAAGUAUUCCGCCUCUUUUAGUGAGCGACUGGGGCUCGGAGGCCUCCGCACAUUUAAACCCCCUGCGGCGGUGACGGUUGCUGCCGAUGCAAAAGUGGUGACUCCCCAAGACUUGCCGCAGUGCACGGAGCAAGACGCUCCGCAAGGGUCCCCAAAAGAAUUGGCCAAGGACAGAGUGGGCCCCUGGACAGUCGAAUCGCCCUCCAACGCUGCCACUACGCCUCAGUGCACAUUACAACUGCAUGACCGCAGCACGCAGCCUCCCGAUUCAUUCUCUCGAACUGCCCAUGGUGAAUCCUCAGCAGUUCUCACGGUUCGCAGUGACUCAGAUUUGCCUGGCGGAUUCGCGCGUCUAGCCUCUAUUCAAGCACACUACUAUAAUAUGCAUAAAGUGUACGAAAGCAAACACGGACGCUCCGAGGGUGUUGGAAUGCGCAGCACAAUUACGACACCACCGAGUGAACACAAUGCUAAAUUGUGA